UACGGCACUGUCAGUUCUCCUAGCGGCAAGAGGUGAAAUACCGUCAUGUUGUAAACAAACAAACAAACAAAUCUCAGAGUGCUUUAGCUUCAGUCGUUAGUUUUCGACAGCAAUUUUUUUUCUCGGUUAGAAAUUUAGAAUGUCCGUUUCUAAGCAAAACUCUGAUGAAUCCAGUGUUGAAGAAAAUGGUGAAGCAAUAACGGAAGAUGACGAAAGACUUAAAGGAGAUGCGAUAGGUGAUACGUUGUAUUCGGAAUCGUGGAUCUUGAAAACUUUAAUGAAACUUACUGAGAACCAUAACAAUUUUGAAACUCAAGAGAGCAAUGCAGUUGAACUGGAUGAAUCCUUGGAAACAGACCUGUGUUUGUUGUGGGACAUGUCUGCAGAUAAAGAAGUUGCACAUUGUUUAUUUCAGCAUGACAUUUUAUCCUUAGCAAAAUGUGUCAUUGAAGAAAGUGUAGCCCCAAGAUUAACGGAGAUUGGAAUUGGAAUCCUAGCAAACCUAGCUUGCCAACAAAAGAUAGGCCAUGAAAUCCUAUUGGAUAGUGAGUUGCUGACUGGUGUAGUAAACUUGAUGUCUAGUGAAGACUCCCAAAUAAUUAUCCAGAUUGUUCGGCUCCUAGAUAAUUUGAUUCACUAUUCUGACAAUAAAUCCUACCACUAUUCUGACAAUAAAUCCUGCAGUAGUCUUCUUGAUGAUGAAGCCUUAUGGAUGUCUGUUGCCUUCAUCCUUGAAAACUCUCUAAAUGAAGAGUUGUUAAUUGGAUCUGCUAAGUUGCUUGAAAACCUGACUAGUCAUAUGAAACAUGAUGAAGAAGUUCCAUAUAAAAACAUUCUUAGUGGGAUAAUAGAAGCUCAAAAGCAACUGCAAAGUGGCAACUCAGAUAUCGUUUUUGAUUAUCCACUAGAGGUUCGAGAUUCAUUUGUCGCCCUGGUUUCGGCGUUUUACAAUUUCAGCAGACAUAAACCUAUGCAAAUAGAAAUCGGUAUUUAUACGUUAUUUUAAUCCAGUUGGAAGCUGUUUUAAGUUUAAUAUAUCCUUUCGUGUUCCUGAGUUCCUAUUGGUUCACAGAGAGAAA